AUGCAUAAUGAGCCCACCCUACAGCCAGCGAGGGAGAAACCACUCCCGACCACCACAGACACCAGCAUCGCACCCGCCAACGCCACCGGCGUCGCCAACGGACACGGCCCGGUACCGGAAAACACGAACCGGACACCGCUCCACGAGGCGGCGGCCGGCGGGGACGAGGCGAAGGUGGAAUCCCUCCUGGCCGCCGGUGCCGAUCGGAACGCGAAGGAAUCAGUGCACGGCAAUUCACCCCUUCAUGAAGCCUCCUGGAAGGGAUACAGCCGGUGUGUGAAGCUCCUGUGCGCCCUGCCCAAAUCGAAAGCUCCCGGUGGUGGGUCGAAGGGUCUUUCCAUCGAUCUUCUGAAGGACGCGACGAAGAUCAAGCACGCCCUGCACGACACCAAGGGAGCCCUGCAUAGUGCGCUUUUGGGUACGCGUAAUUUUGGUGGCUUUUCCGCGCUACAUCUGGCCGCUCAAAAUGGCCACAACCAGAGCUGCCGGGAGAUUCUGCUCGCUGGGGCUGAUCCUGAUGUGCAGAAUAACUAUGGCGAUACCCCGCUGCACACUGCCUGCCGGUACGGACACGCCGGAGCCAUCCGGAUUCUCCUUUCGGCCAAGUGUGACGUCGAGCGGAUCAACCUGAACGGUGACACGGCGCUGCAUAUUGCGUGUGCGAUGGGACGACGGAAGCUAACACGCAUUCUGCUCGAGUCCGGUUGCCGGCAAGACACCAAAAAUGCGCAGGACGAAACGGCCCGGGAUAUUGCGCAGCGCAAGAACCUGGUCGAGAUCAUCAACAUCCUCAACACGCCCGUCGACCUUUCGGCGAGGCGAUCACGCGAACGAUCCAGCAGCAGCUCGCAACACCACCGCAACCGGCCUGAGACCCUCAACGGAGGACACCAGCAAAACGGUGGCCCCAAGGACGGUGAGCGCCGUUCACGCAGCAAGGACGAACCGAAGGACGUACGCAAAUCGGGACGACGCAGCAAUUCCAACGACGAAACGGCAGCAGCAGCAGCCGCAACCCGUGCGGAUGCCAUCGAUCCGAAACACUGGUCCCCGUACGGGUGCCAUUACUUCCCGGAUCCACGGAAUUUUCCCUCCCCUAAGCUGGAAACGCUUCCGAAGGAACCGCUCGGGAACGGCGAGCAGUACUUCCUGGAUCUGGCCGGUAACAUACGGAAGGGUCCGGUCGGUGUCGGCAACACCUGCUAUUGUGCGCCGUUCUUCAAGCACCUGGAGCAGCGGAUGAACCAAAACCGCCGCAGCAUCCGGAAGUACGUGCACCGGGCGACGGAGAAGCUGGACAGCCGGAUGACGGCACUGGCCAUGCGUACCGACGAUCAGAUCGAGGAGCUUACCAAAUCAAUGAUAGCAAGCCGGGUGCAGUGUGAGAACAAGCGGCUUCACCUGGAGCAGUGGCUGAAGCGGGGCAUCGCGGAACGCUCGACGACGACGGCCACCUCGGGUGGGGGGCUCGAGCACAGCAACAGCAAGACCAAAAAGGACGAAGCGAACGCGAACACGCUCACGCGUUGUCGCAGCCUCGAGCUGCUGGAUGAUCACGGUGGUGGUGCGUUACUUCGUCCCGGUGAACCCGUUUCCGGUGGCAUCGAUGCGCUUGAUGGCCAGCUUCGCAAGUCCUCCACACCCACGCGGCCACUGUUUUCGCGCAGCAUCGACUUCCUGGACACGACCGCCGUCAACGAUGAUGAAGGCGACGAGGAUGAUACCGAUCUUGGUCACCGGCGAGUGCACCGGAAGCACCAGCAGCAACAGGAACUCGAGAGCCAUCUUCGGUUACUCCAAUACGCCUCGGCAGCGGCAGCCGCCUCCGGUGGGCAUCAAUCGGAUGCACUCGAAAGCUCCAACAACUCCAACAUGAAGAACCACUCGGAGUCGGGCCAAACGCCCCCCAUACCGGAAGGGGUUGGAGUGGGUGGUGGACGGAUACCGCGACGGCCUCGUUCCUCUUCCAUGUCCGGUCGGGAUAGUUACUCGUACUCGUCCGACACCAACAAGGAUAACGAUCGGGAGAAACCUCCAUCAGGUCGGCCGGAGAACGGGAUCGGUGGUGGUGUGAAAGCGCUGAAGAAAAGGCCACUCUCCUCCACACCCACAUCGUCGGCCAUCUCGUCGGGAGCUGGCGGUGGUGGUGGCGGUGGUGGAGGUGGCGGCGGGACGUCCAAAAGCGAGAAAGCCAAAGUGACCGAGCGGCUCGAGGAGCUGUUGAGCAAAACGAAAAAGAUCCUCGAGCUUGAGAAGAUGACGAAGGGACCAGCGGUUGUUGGUGGAGGGUCAUCGCCCCACCAUCAUCACCACCCGCACCAGCUUACGCCACCCACCGACAACCGGUACAUUCUGGCGCUGGACAAACUGCGGGACAUCCAUCAUUUCGAGCCAUCGACGGGAACAACCAGCGGUGUGGGAGGAAAGCCACUCGGCCGUCACUCGACGUCCCGCGAUUCACCCGGGUAUGACAUCGCGCAGGAGAUGGAAAAAAUCACCAAAUCUCUGCUACCGGCCGCACCGGUUUCACCUGAGAUCGCAAAGGACAUCACGACACGCAAGGAGCGCCCGACGAGCGUGUUAUUUGCCCAAACCUUCCAUCAACAGCAGCAGCUACAGCAACAACAGCAGCAGCAGCAACAUCACCAUCACGCACAUCUGCAUCGCCGGACGACACCGCAAGGAUCUUCGCCCCUUUCGACGACACCACUCUCGACCAUGUCCCCAAGUUCGUCAUUGCUCGGUGGACAAACGGCACCUCCACGUGGUUCACCGUUCGGGGGUGAUGCGCAACAUCUCGCGUCCACCAACUUCAUGGAGGAACCGGUGGUGCAAACGGACGAACACAGCAACCCAGCGGUGGCCGCAUUGGGUGCCAUGAUGAAUGGGUUCUACUCGAACAGCUGCUUCGAGGAUGGGCUACCGAGUUCCUCCAACACGACCGUCCGAUCGGUUUCCGCGGCACGUUCACGUCCACAGGAGGAUGAGGAUGACGAUGAGGAUGCCGAUGACGAUGAUGAGGAAGUGGUGCAUGUCCAAAGGGACACCAAGGACGGGGAGGACGAUGACGAAGAAGAUGAUGACGAUGAUGAUGACGAUGAGGAUCAGGAAGACGGUAAUGGUGGUGAGGAUGGCAGCGACGUUUCAGACCGGUGUGAUCUAUCGGCGAUGGCGAAUCUGGCCGAGUUGAAGGAGCUCAAGAGCCGCAUCCUUAAUGGGACGAACUGGCGCAGCCAGGUGUUGCAGAAGAGCGUCCAGGAGUUGCUGCGAAGUAGUGAAGGAGCUGACGCACCCGCUCAGGACGAAGAAUCCACCGGAGCAGGAGAACCGAACCGCGUGAAGUACAUCAUCUCGAAGCUGCAACAGGGCACGAGUUCCGGUGAGAUGGAUGUCCGGACGCAACACCUUGUCCCACCGAUGGCACGAUGUGAGGACUUUUCCGACAGCAGCAGCGAGGACGAGGAGGAUGAUGAACCGGAGCGUCCACCCGGCGAUGAGCAGGACGAUGACGAGGACGAUGAUGAAGAGUGUGUCGAUGGACCGCCACUACCCGUGAAUGGGUUGCAGGUUCCCGGACCGGAAAAACCAUCCGAGAUCGGCAUCGGUACUGCGAGGAGUCUUAUCCAGUUGUACGAGCAGUCGUCAUCGGCUGGUGGUGCCAUCGGGAAGCCACCCGCACCUGCACCAGGAUCCUUCUCGAACGUGCCCAAGGAUGCGUACUUCCACGAGCUGCCACCACGGAAGCUGCUGCCGGCACCGGAACUCUCCUCGAUGUCAGGAUUCGCGUCACGGGUUCAUCAAACCGCACGUAGCCGCAAUCCGCUACCGUCGUACCUUCUUCAGGAGGGAGCCAGCGAGCUGUUCCAGCAGCCACCGACGACGGGAAUCCACGAACAAGGAUCGGCUGUCUCGAUGGGGCAGCAUCACCAGCAGGCUUACUUGGAUGAGAUGCAGCUUCAUCCGCACCACCGCUCAGGGACGUCACUCAGCAGUUCCUACCCGAUCCCGGCCGAUGGGUUUCUGCCACCGGUAGGCCUCCCGGGAACCUCGAAUCAUCAACAUCAUCACCAUCAGCACAACAACCACAGCAGCCAGCUGCAGUUGCAGGAGCGGUUACUGUCCACGCGGAAGUACAUCAAUCCUCCAUCGGCAGUUUCGCUCGCAAGCACGGGAACGCCUUCACCCGAAUUUCCGCUGUACCAUCACCAACAGCAGCAGCAGCAGCAGCAACAGCAGGCCGGAACUCCACCAGCUCCGUACGGUUCUGCCGGAACAGCCUCCGUCAUCGGGGGACACUCGCACGCAAUGAUGACGAUGAUGGCCGCAGCAGCUGCAGCAGCCGCCGCCGCAGGACGAAAAUCCGCUGAUCAGCUGUCCUCGAACGGGGAGGAUUCCGGAUACGUUAGCGGGAAGGUCAGCGAAAUCCACAUCCCGAGUGGUGGAGCCAGUCCGCUCCUGUCCGCUGCAGCCAGCAAUGUCCUGAUCAUUCCACCGCCUGCUUCAUCCUCACCGAAGCAUUUCCUUCCGUACGGCCAUCAUCAUCACGCGGGGUUAGGACACCAUCACCGAAUCGGACCGCCAGUCUCCUCCGUGCACGGUAGCGUCGUUACGGCGAUUAUUCCACCACCGAUCGGCACUGGGGCACCUCCGGCAGGACUUCAUCCGACGGCGGGUCAAACCACCGCUCAGCUACACGCGGCCGUUGAGCAGAAACAGCAGGCCCUUUACAAGCUUGGCGCUUCUAGCCUCGUGUAGGAAGCGUUCGCGAAUCUAUUGUACAUCCCGUAGCACCUUAAGAACGGAACAAUGGGAGACAACAAGGGUUUUCCCACUUGCUCCCAGGCGUACUAAAUUAUUAUCCCUGAUCCGCUCCCUUUUUUUCCCUAGCAUGUAAGUAGCGCCCAUAUUCCCCCUUCGUUGUGUAAUCUGUUACUCGAGCGCGUGUGUUUGUUUUGUCGUUUUACGGAGCGAAUGCAGAGACAAAUAAA